CAAGAGGGAGCCUGAAGAUACUUAAAAUAGCCAUUUCUGCACUAAAUACACGUGGAAAAUUGGAAAAACAACCACAUUAAGGAUUGCACGGGAAUCCGGAAGGUGUUUCUUCUGCACAACACUCGUGGCGCUGAUUGCCAUCAAAGUGUUCACCUAACCUCAAUCUCCGUCGUAAACAUUGGGAGGAAAAUUGUGAAAAAUCGCGAGAAAAAUGAUUUUUUGCAUGCAAAGAAGUAAGAAUUUGCUAAAUAGACUCCCACUCUAUACAUCCACAUGCAAAUUAUCGAGUGUCAAUGGGAAUAUCCCGAAUUAUUGCCUGAAUUCUGUGAAGAAUUACGACUAUGAGAACUUCCUGUCUCUUCUUUUGCUGGAAAAUUCCCUGAGAAGGAAAGCUUUCUCCAUUCGGGCAUUUAAUGUGGAAAUUGCACGGGUUAAUAGUCAAGUUUCUGAAGCAAAAAUCGGUGAGAUGCGACUGAAGUUCUGGGAAGAUGCCGUGGAUAAAGUUUUCAAUGCUAAAGACGUCCCAAUCCCGGAACAUCCUGUAGUGCAGGAGCUAAAAAACACCUCUCGGGAAUGUUCUCUGUCAAAGAUGUACUUCCACAGACUGAUUAAAUCACGCAAAAGAUUGGGAAACGUCUCCUUUCUCACUGUUAAAGAACUCGAGGAUUAUGCUGAGCAGACAAAUUCCAGUGUCUACUAUUUAAUGCUCGAAGCAGCAGGUGUGAAAAAUAUUCAUGCAGAUCAUGCAGCAUCGCACUUAGGGAAAGCUCAGGGAAUCACAAAUAUCAUCCGUUCCCUUCCCCAUCAAAGACGCAAUGCAAUCAUCCCCAUCCCCCAGGAGAUUCUCCUGAGGCACGGAGUGAGUCAGGAGAGAGUUUUCCGGGAUCGUGCUGAUGACAAAGGAGUGGAAAAUUGUGUCUUUGACAUUGCCACAGUGGCUCAUCAGCAUCUGGCAAAGGCACGAUCGCUCAGAGAUAAAAUCCCACGAAAUUGUCUACCAAUCUUCCUGCCAGGAGCAACACUCGACAGAUACUUGGAACGCUUGAGGCGUGCUCAUUUUCAUCCAACAACAGAACAUCUGCAGAAGCGAGAUAGCGUCCUACCUCUUGUUCUCUAUUGGAAUAAGUUCCGUUCGAGAUUCUAGAGAGGAGUUCAUCAGUCCGAGUAUACCCUUUACGACUUUUCCUUUUUGUGAAAAUAAAAAGAAUUUUAAUGUGAUUUUUAUGAAGUCAAAAGUCAACAAAAAUAAAUUAUCAGCAAGAAAGCAAUGAGGGCAAAAUUAGGCUUAAAAAAUAUUCUUCUCUGACGUUGUAGGUAUAUUAAGUGCGUACGUAGGUAGUUUAUGUAAAUUAAUAAUGAAUAUAAAAUAAAUUAAAAA